AGGGAGGGCUGGCCCGAGAGGGGGGCAGGAAGGUUGGAUGCCCCCCCCACCCCCCUUUUCUUUCUCUGUCAUGCUAAGCUGUGGUCAGGGGUGCCGGGGCACACAUGGAAACUCAGUCAUGAGUGUGUUUCUCCUGUGUGUACACACAGUCUCCCUGGCACACAUGUAUGUCCUGUGCAUACAGACGAGGGGAAACGGUACAACACACUGCAUGCUUUCCUUCUCCCCUUGACUGCUUUAUACCUGCUUUAUUGACUGUCCUGUCUAAGCCGUCUGAUAAGGCAGUGUAGUACUCUACCUCUCACUGUGACUCUGUCCCUCUUCACAUCUCUCUCUUUUUCUUUGUUUGUUUUUACACUGCGGUAUGGUGUCAGUGAGCUAAAUUUCACUACAGCACUAAUUUUUCACGAGGACAGUGAGCUUGCCAAUUUCCUCAAAACAGUCUGUACUCUUUUCAGCUUUUUCUCUAUAUGUCAUAUUAAUUACUGCAGAGCAAUACCUGCAGACUUGUGUCUGACUGAGAAGUCCCAGGCAGCGCUGGAGUGACUGGCAGGGCUCGUUGUACACAAUAAAUCUCUGCUCCGCCAGUCGUCGCCUGCAGGGACAUAUCACCAAGCUGCCGAGUCGACUUUAUUCCUCUGGCCUCUCGUUGGAUUUUCUCUCAAACUCAUGAAUGAUAAUGAAUCAUCCGCAGAUUGUGCUGUUGUGUAUUGGUGGGAAAUUGGUCCUCAGCAACCAAGAGCGAGUCUGCACCUUGCCAGGCUGGCUGUAAACCAAUCUGAUGCUGAUGCAGUAGAGACAGUGUUAUGGACGGACACACAGUACAGCUUCCACUUUCACAGAGAGUGGAGGCAGGGCUGGAAGGCUGGUGUAGGGAUUGGAUUUUUUUAUUUUUUUUGUUGUGCAAGAAAGAAAGAGAGGGAAAAGUGAUGGGACUCAGAUACACCUGAAGUAGCUGUCUCUCAGGAGGGGUUUGCUCCUCCGCUCUUUUUGUAGAAGAGUCGGAUGCAAUCGUUUCAUCACAGACACACACAUACACAUGCCACUUCUCUGUCUGUCGAUGACUGACAUGAGUUACUGUACGGCUUCGCCGCCAAAUUCUCCACCUCUAACCUGUCUUGAUUGACUGAUCAACGUUUGGCUGUAAAGACCAGGAGUGUGAAAGUAGGCACUGAGAUGCUUGUGUGGGUGCGUUUUAUGCAUGUGUGUAAGUGCAGUAUGUUCAUGUCUGGCAAGAUGAGACUCAAGAAGGGAAAGCCUGCUGCUCUAGCAGUAUGGAUGAGGCAAGGAUAAGAUGUCUGGGUGAGGGUACUAAUGCAUCCCAACUUUGACUGAAAGUGUAUGGUUUCAGAGGAUCCCAUAUCACUUACGUAACGAUGCAGCUUAAGUCUUUCAAAUAAGCUUCCUGACUCCCCUCCAGCUCCCCCUCCCAAACUCGCUUCCUUUUUUUAACACCAGCUUACGUCCAUUCCUGGUUUCUGGGGCAGAUGUUAACACUGGGGGGAUUCUCUCUCUUUCUCUCCAGUGCCCUCUUUGUUUCCUCUCUGAUGCCGGCAGCUACGUAGUCAAAUUAUACAGUCUGUAAUUCAAGAAGUUUCCUGAUAUUGCAUGGGGGUUAACCAAACCAAGCCACACUUGGUUGUUUUCUUUCUUUGCCAUUCGACCGCUGUUUAUCGGUAUUUGUCCCAUCAGCCCUUCUUGUGUAUCGACCUGCACCUCGGAGUGUCCCUAUCCUCGCGGAGCAGGCAAGGUCAACACUUUUCUCUGUGACAGAACCACCUUUUUAUUUUUAUCGAACCACCUUAUACAUUUUGUUCGCAUAUACUAACUAACACUCACGCACACCUGUUUUUUUUUGUAUAAUUUUGUUAGCAGCAAACCAGGCUUUUGUUAUGCAAGCUUCAUUUUCCUUCCUCACCGGAGGCCUUUCAACCAUUUAUCCUGCACAAUUUAUCUGUAUAAUUUCAACAUUUAUUGUGAGUUAGUAUAUGAAGGAAUUACUCGUAGCUUCUUUAAUUGAUCUUUACUUACGUGACCAAUAUUUUCAACUUAUUGUGGCUUUUUGUGUACAUUCGAAUGGAUGGUGGUCCAUUCAUAAAACUUUCUAAAAUGGAAAACAUUUCUUUAUGGUCUUUCAUUAAAUAUCUUUUCGAUAAUUGCAGAGUUGUUCUUCUCACCCAUAAAGUAGGCUACUAUGACACCCUGCCUGCAGACAGUGAAACUAAUCAAUCAUCUUCAUGUUCUCUGGUCAAACUGCAGUGAGCCUUUCACCUUGUCCAGAUUUUACUUUGUUGUACCCCAUCGAUAUCAUGCGAUAUGGUGCCAUGACAUUUCCUCCUCUGACCCUCCUUAGUUCAUUCUUUUUUGGUCCAGUUGGUCCCAUGGCCUCUAGGGGCUGCUAGCUGAGCUUUUGAGUCGCUCACCCUCUUGUGUGCUCCUUGUGGCUGAUGUAUGUUGGUGUUUUACAUGAUUAUUUCCAUCUCUGUGGGGAAACAAAUCUGUGUCCGCUGAUGAAUGUCCAGAGUCUUAAAGCUAACAACUCAUCAUCAAAGGAUGAAAGUGCCAUUUUAAUUGGCUUCAUGGUGUAGUGGUAUUAUACAGCACAGGUCAGUUGCUGAGCAGUGGCUCAUGCUGUACUCAAAUUACUUUUAUUGAUGAGUUUGCUCCUCUUGAAAAAUGAGCAUUGUCAGGAUGUGAACAAAGCCCUAUUGUCCUAGUCAGCACCUAUUUUCACCUAAUUCUGUACGUAGGUUUGUGUCCACAUCUGAAGCGGCUUCAGUGUGAAGUGAUCUAGCCGGCCAGAAUGGCCCUGAAGUAUGAACUAGUGCUUUGCUGUGUUUGUAUUGUUUGUCUCAUAUCAGCAUGACACACACAAUUGUAUCUAUGUGCAGUUUUCACUUUCGGCUGUUUGCAUAUUUAAAGAUUGAGGAUUAUUCCAAGAUCACAGGAAAUGUACACCUGGCAUUGAUUGCUAAACUGACUGAAGAUUUGCGCUCUUUACAUAUUGGCUGCUCAAUUUUGGUAGUUGGUGAAUAAAAACUUUUUAAAAUAUUUGCAGUAUGUUUUAUCACUGUUUAAAUACUAAUGUAGAAGGACACGAAUUGUGAACACAAAACAGAACAAGAAUCAAUGUAUUUCCCUUCAUGACAUGGAGUAUAUGCAAGUUACAACUUAAAAUUGGUAAUACAGUUAAAUUAAUCAAGUUAAAAACAUCCAAUUACAAAGUCUUGACAAAACAACAAACUCAAUUUGUCUUGGUAGUAAAAGCCAUAUAAUCCUUUCAGUUGGAUUUGUAAUGACCCCGAGGGUGUUUACCAAACCCAAUACUCCCAUUCAGGAUAUAUAUGAGCAGUAUUUUUGUAUGCAACAAUAUGAAUUUCUCUCUGGUGUCAUUUGCCAUUUGCUCAUUUAGUAGGAAGACGUUUUAGUUUUGAGUUUCAGUGAGUUUUAAUCUGGUAACAAUAUUUUGACAUGGGAAUGCAUAUGUAAAUCUCUUUAUAUGCACCUAUUACUGUUGCUGUUGUUGUGAUUAAGACUGCAACCAACGAUGAAUUUCAUUAUCAAUCAAUUGUCCAUUUUUUUUAAAUGACUAAUGUUGUCCAAAAAACAUUUAUUUAGUUUGCAUCUUUGAAGAUAAAAAAUCAGCAAGAGUGAAUCGGUGAAUUGUUGGCAUUUUUGUGAUAUAAUAUUUAAAACUGCCAGCAAAUGUAAACGGUGUGGCACGCAGCUGUCUCUUACAAAACAAGUGUUCAAAUGAUUUUUAUAUAAUUUGACAAUUAUUUCCUUUUUAACAUAAUUAUUUCCUAGAGCCCAAGGUGAUGUCAGGUGUUUUUGUCCAAACAAGAAAUUACAUUUUCAGGAAUUUACUUGUAUGUAUGACUAGAAAAAGCAGCAAAUUCUCACAUUUGAGAAGCUGGAACCAUAAAAUGUGUAAAAAUGAGACAAACAAUUAAUGGUUUAAUGACUCUGUUCGAUGUAGCUCAAAGGUCAUCAGUUGUGUGCACUUCUAGUUUCUGUUAAGUCAAGCUCGUCUGUUACUUGUAAGGCAGUGAAAUGCAGAGGAAGAGUCAUGGCUGCUGAGGACUGACCACUUAGUGGUGCUGGUACUUAGACUCAUCAAUACAAUCAGUCUGGUCAGAUGCACUAUGACUCCUUUGUUGCUUUAUACAGUCUGGCACUCAGAGGUGUUGGCUGCAGCGGUGUAUCGCAGCCCAUCAGGCAUCUUAAAGGUAAAAGUCAGCCGCAUAGACUCUCAGGUUCCCUAAAAAGUAGCCAUGGUGCAGGACUGUGCAGCUAACAUGGCUGCCAGCGAACAUUGCAACAGUGAAAGUGCUAUCUAAGUGCUAUCUCCAUCUUCAUAUAAAACACAGGUGGCAGCAGUGGAUCAGCAUUCCAGCCUCGUCUCUGUCUGCCCUCCAAAAUCUCUCACCCUCCCUGUCUGAACAGGAAGCAGAGCCUUCACUGAGGUUAAUGUGUCGGUGUGUGAAACAGAUUGGUGCUGGAGGUGUGGAUGCUGUGUUCAUGUGUGUGUUCUAGUGUAUGUCCAGGUUUGGUGCAGUGGAUUAGGGGUGCUGCAGCAGUGACUAAGCCCAUCAGAGGCAGCUCUAGCACCUCUCUGCCUGUCUGCUUACCUGUACCUUUACUAGCUACUGUGAUUAAAGUUAUGCAUUUUCAAUGAAACAUUCUUUAGGUCAAACUAUUGGCAGAUGGUAAUUCGUUUCAUUAUCUGCUGCUACAACAUGCAAAUCGUUUUUUAUGCGUGUGGAUGUUUGUCUCUCAUCUGGAACUUUGCUUCAGUCGAUAUCUGCUUCAGUCCCAAACAGUGGCCUUUUUCUUCACCUCUUCUGAGGGUCAUUAGAGGGAUGAUGGCUGGUCCUCCCGUUAAGGGCUGCAACUAAUUAUUAUUUUAUUAUCAAUGAAACUGAAACUAUUAUUUUUCUAUUUAAAGAAUAUAAGAAUGUUUUGAAACAUUGGGUAAUACGCGUAUUCCCUUCCGUGCUGAUAGUUACAUGAGCAGAUCAAUACCACUCCAGCUGCACGGCCCGAGCAAUAACUUCCUGGAGUCACUAGUGGUUGCCUGGCAACCUCACAGUGAGGACCACAAUUCAGGAAGUCACUUCUCCCGCCAAAACCCACCGUAAAAUGGACACGUGUCGUUUUUACACUUUGUUUUCUGUACAGAUUAAACAGACAAGAUAUGAGUGUUGAUCAGUGAGGUGCUGGUAGGUGGAUGUUUUACUUUUGGAAGGAGCCGGUCCUGCUGUCACCCUAUCUCCAGCCUUGAGAGAAUGAAAAGGGAGACCUCAUGUGUCCAGUACAUCUGCAUAUUCAUAGAGAUUUUUGAAUUAGGGGUGACAAAGUGGGGAAACUCAUAUUGGACAGAAAAUGGUAUUCAAAGCAGAUACAACUAAGAGAGAUGGAUUGGAUAUUUUUGCUUUCACUCUUCUGCAGUUGGGGUUUUCUGGAGCCAGUAUGUGGUCGCUGCAUAACUGCAUUUUAUUGGAUUUCCACAUAGAUGUUGGGUCGGGCUCGGCAAAAUGGAUAAAUUAAAUAUCGCAAAAUUAUUGACAUUGUAGGGUUGAACAUUGGUGCUUUCACUGAAUAUUUACAUGAGAUGAGAUUUUUGAUAGAUAAUCAUCAGUAACGUGGAUAUAUUGACAAGUGUGCAAAGGAAAAUAAUAGAACAGGCUGGUAAGUACAGAAAAUCACUUUACUGUUAUGAAGACUUUAAAACCAGGACGAGAUAACACUUGUGCCAUUUCACGAUAUUCAAAAUGUAAGAUUAUAUCAAUAUAAUACCCUAAUAUUGCCCAGCCCUAGUCUUGGGUUUAAGAUUGCUAUUAAGUUAAUAUUAUGUUUAGAAUUCAUAAAGACAAUAAUGUGUGUGUGUGUGUGUGUGUGUGUGUGUGUGUGUGUGUGUGUGUGUGCGCGCGGCUCAGGUGGCCCUGUGAAAACCCUUAGACGGAUGACUCAGCAGGCCUGGUGGAGGCACUCACUCAUGUUGAUGGAGCCUGGGAAUGAGUGUCAGUGAGUCCAGCUCCUGGCUCUACAAUAAGUGCUGCUGGGGCAGGUUGGCCGGGAGCUGCAGCCUACUCUCCUUUAAUUAAAGCAGGGCCGAAAGGCACACGUGAGGACAAUUCACCAAUCCCCAGCUCUCUCCUCGCCCUCCUCUCUUUACCAGGGCGAUAGCAGGUCUUUAUUAAUGAGUAGACUGAGUGAUUCCAAAGCAGAUACCACAGGCAAUCAGUUUCAUUUGAUUAGAGAGAUGAGAGGACUACCCUGCUCCAAAAGUCCCUUUCCAAUCUUUUUUUAAAAUACAAAAAUGAGGAAAUAAACAAGAGCAAAAUAGCAUCAAGCAUCCAGCAGGCACUCCCUCUCUGCAGGGAUUAGGCUUCCCCAAAACUCCAAAGCCUGAGGAUAGAUAGUUUCAUCCUCACCGCAGUGCUUCAUUCUUUCAUUUUAAAACUGAAGCCACAAGCAUCAGCAUCCGCUUAUUUUGUGUCGUCGUCUCUGUAAUUAUAAAGCCUGCAGUAUACGAGAGCAUUUAUUGGUGUGUUUCCCAGCUGAUGAUUGUAAUUGAACUAAACUGACACGUAGGACUGCAUUGCUUUCAUCAAAGCUUUAGACUCCCAACAACAGGUUUGAGUAAACCACCCAGAAAUAUUAACAAUGGCAGCCUUCGUCCUCCCACUGCACAGUCAAAUCCUUUCAUUUGUGAGACAGCAUGUGAAAUAAUGUGUCAUAUUGUGAGGGGCUUCCUUAGAUUUCCCCCUGUGCCUCCCCCUUCAUUCUCCUUUCUAUCCCUCUCCUUGGCCGAUUGCGCUAAUCUGUCUUGUUGUUAUUCUAAUAGUGCAGCUGUUAGGUAACUCUCUGAAACAGGAAUUGAGAAAUCAGGGUUAUUCAAAUGGAAAUAAAAGUAGAGAGAGAGAGAGAGAGAGAGAAUAUGAUACAAGAUGGUCUUAGAGGAAUUUUAUAGGUCAUUGCUGGACAGCUUGUUGUAAAAAAAAAAAAGGAAAGCUUUUGGUGUCCGUUCACCAACCUGAGCCUUUUCCCUUUAAGCUCCUUCUGGAUGCUGAGAGAGGGAAGGACAGGAGGUGGGAGAGGGAGCUUAGUGUAGUUUGAUGUCCAGGUACUCGGAGUUCUGCCUUGAUAUCCUCAGACUCUGCAGCAUCUCUUGGACGUAUAUGUGCGAUAACUAGGAGCCUCUGCAUUGGGCAACCUACCUCUUACGGUAUUGAUGUGCUCUGCAUAUAGCUUACAGCAGUAGGUGUUCUGUGCAAUUUGAUGCAUUUUUCUAUCCUCAUCCACCUUUACAGACCUUAUGAUUUGGUCACUGUGGUUCCUUUUAUAUUCAUACGUGAGCACACAGAAUAAAGAACGGAGAAUAAAUGAGUAGGUUACUAUGAAUUAUUUGUGUUUGCGGAUACGUUUGCUGUUUUUGUGGCCUGUUCGUCGGACCACCGCUUUGGACCAGACUGCAAAAUCCAAACGACUAUCUGAUGGAUUGUCGUAACAAAAUUGUACAAACAUCCAUCAUGGUCCCCAGAGGAUGCUUCCCCCUGUUCUUGAUGAUCCCCUGUCACCUAGCGCCAGCACAAGGUUGAUCUAUUUUUUUGUGAAUUAUCUCAACAAAUAUUCGAUGUAUUGCCAUGACAUUUUGCUAAGACAGUUAUGUUCCUCUCAGGAUGAAUCUAAUACAUUUGGCGAUACCCUGACUCUAAGUUGAAUGCCACCAUCUGGUCAAAAUCUCAGUUCGUCAAAUUCUUUGGAUUAUCACCAAAUACCUGAAAAAACGAAUCACAUUCCCAACAGCCUCAGCCGUACUUAAACAUGUUAAACAUUAUACAUGGUUAGCAUCAGCAUGUUAGCAUUGUCGUUGAGAGCAUGCUGAUGUUGGACUUCAUCCCACUGGUGUGUGCAGCCUCAGAGUUUCUAGCAUAGCUGAAGACUCCGUCUUAUUAUCUUAGGUGGCACAAUCCAGAGAUCUGCAUUGCAGAGAAUUUAUUCUGCAAGUUUGCAGGUAUUUCUUUGUGCUGAAAACAAGCUUGCCAUGUGUAGGACUAUAUUUGUAUGUGUGGGAAGCACCUUAUGUGUAAGUGACUGGGUGCGAGUUUUUGUUUUGCGAUGAUGAGCGUUUAGACUGAAGGAAUAUAGCCCAGAGGCAGAACCAUAGAAGAGGAGAGUGAAGGCAAACAUAUCAGAGAAGUGUGGGUGACCCAAGGGUGACUCUGCACCCUUUUCCUCUGCAUUGAAUGACGGGUGUUAUUUACCUGAUUGAUAUGAUGAUUCCUUUUUUUCCCCCGUCUACCAGAGAGAAGAGGAAUAAUUGAAUUCUAAGCCCAGCAGUGCAGCAGGUCAUUACAGCUGCACAGCUUCCGGGCUGUAAUUCACAGUUCCAGUUCUCCGAGUGUGGACAAUAGACAACGUCUGAUUCAUUUAAUGCGAUGGGAAGGAGGAGAUUGAGUUCAUGUUUGGAGUCUGAAUUUCCUGACUGAAUUAGACCUGCAUAGGCCAAAGUGGCGUCUUGAAAUACAGUAUAUGUGUUACAGCAGCUUAGUAGAACUUUUAGGGAAGGGAUUCAGGUUCAGUUCGUAUGACUAUAGCGGUCUUUUUGGGUAACGGAUGAUGACAUUACGUGACCAGGACUUUUGCAUUGGUUGGUGCCAUGGUUUAUCACUCUAUGCUCCCUGAUGACAGAUAUAUUGAGUCAUCUAAUCCUCGUGUCAAGUGUCAUCAUAGUGUCGUAGCAUCAUGGACCUGGUAUUAAAAGCUUAGUCAUUUGUCAACCCCUUCAUCUAAAUCCCUCGGUGGCAGAGGUGGUGUCACUUUGAUUUGAUCCUUUUUCCUCAUCCCACCCAGCAUGCACAGUGAUGCUGUGCUCUCCAGGAGGAUGGCCAAUAACAUGUACACAGAACAUAACCAAGCCUUCAUUCAUUCAUCCAUGCAUAUGUUGAGGGCGAUACAUGUACCGUAGCACACGUAAACAUUAUUUAAUUACCUUAAUUGAAACAGUUUUAUUUCUGUAACCAUCAAUUUUUUCAGUUAACAAUGACUGGCGACUGUUUUCACACUAGAAAAUGCAAUGUAGACAGCUAUUUUUAGUUUUACUAAUUAUACUUAAUUCUCAAACUGUGGAAAUGUGGUUGUUAUUUGUUGAUGUUAAAAGUACAGUAGCACUUAAAAAAUAAAAAAAAAACAUGUUGCAUCACUCGCACAAAUGGGUUCUGAUGGCAGGCUCCAUUUUGGAUAUGGUUAAGCUUUAAUAAUAUUACUAUUUAAGGGAAACUUUGCUGAUUGUCAACCGGCUUUGUAUCAUUGCAAUGUGGGUGGUAUGUGUAAAUGAACUGUGUUUGGGCUCCCUCUGGGUUACCGGCGUCCAGAGUAAAAGCUUGCCGGAAGUGGCGCGUUUCGCACCCUGUUAGCGACUGAGCAGCAGACGUGGGAAGCUCCAGGUGCAGGUCAUUACAAAGCUGGUUGAAGAAAGUUUCCCUUUAUUCUCUGAGUCUAACGAAUCUCUUAUUGAAUCUUUUGUUACCUCAGUUUUUCCAGAUAUGCUGUUAGCCGUUAAAAUGAAUGGCUUGUACAUUGUUCUUCACUAAUGAUCAAAGUGAAGUUUUGCCGGAUGUUAAUGGUUCAGUUCACCCAAAUCAGGAUUUGAGAUCGGAGAUUUCCUUCUUGACCUUGGAAAAUAGUUUCAACACAAGGUCCACUCGUUAGCUGUCCCGGAGCUUUUGAUCGUAUCACAUGAUUCUCUUCAGCAGAUGGAGUUCGCAGUUGUCAUGGAAACAUAGAUGUUCAAAUUUCUAUUUUCUCAGUUUGAUUUGUUUCGAAGGACGACCUUGUGGUGAGGUCCUAACAUAUUUGUCCUUUAUGGAAUAUUUCUUUCGUAAAAAAUAACUUCAAAAAUAAACUAUUCACACCGCGGUUUGUGUGUUGUCAAGAGUAGCAUUAUUAAAAGUUAUAUAUAAUUCAUCAUUCCCUCUAAUAUCUAUUUUAUAUUGUUUUGCGAAAACUUCUCUUUGAAACUAUUUAAGUGAAGUUUCUUGCCAAAAAAACGACAUUUUACAGGACUACAUUUGAACACAUCAUGAUAUAAUUUACCUUCGCUGAAUACAAAUCGUUACUGAAUAGAGCGUGAACGCACCAUGAUGUAACUCAACAGCCCGAUACUCACCAACCGGUAACUCAUCGGUUGGUUAUUAAGAAAUAAAAUGACGAGUGACACGUCGUACAAGAGGCGCUUUCCUUUUACUCCGGCACUCCAAUGACUCAAUGAGUUUUGGCGCCGCAUUUAGAAGCGCUCUUGGGAUCCCACAGGAUUGGCUCUGUGUGGGUAGCUGUCUUGUGAGCCCUCUCUGGUCCUGAUGUAUGUCGGUCGACCCUGGCCACUCAAGUACUUACCUGUCCGGUGUUUAACUACCUCCAAUCUCACUGUGUACUUAACACUUUUUUUUAAUGUGUGUGGCUGUGGACAAGCCACACGUUCAUUGAACAAAGGCACGUGGGUUGUCUUGUGCCGCAGGAUUUACUAGCUGGCAGGAUGGUUGUGUCACCCAGCCUCUAAUUGGCUGACCCCAGAGAUUUGCAGAGCCAUGUGCCCAUCCCUUUCCCUUUCUCCCUCCCUCCUACAGUACAUUCCUUCAUCCCUCCCAUAAUCAAUUCUCCUGCUUCAAUAUAGACUACAACUCCCCUCCCUCCCUCUCUCUCUUUCUGCCGCAGUUACUUGCGGCACAUUGCAACACUGCAAGACCAUGCUUUCAUGAUUUUUAACACCUCUCUGUCUUCUCUCUCAGCCUCUGAUUUUACAUUAAGAACUAUGGAUCUCACAUUUAGAGAGAGAAACAAGAUAGAUUAAGUGAGCAACAGAGAGAGACGGGGAAGGGAGUUGGGGGCAUCAGUCAUUUUUACUGUUACGGCAGUCUUAUGUUUUUGGGAGACGCGAAAAGAAAACAGGAGUGCUGUGUUGGUAUAUAAUCAACUUCCACCACACCCGUUUAUAAAUCCUUUGAUCUAGUGAACAGACAUUUGUUUGGAUUUUCCUUCGUCAUAUUUAAUCAGUUUGGAUCGCAGAGGAGGGAGGGGGCUGGUCCUUGGGGACUGUAGCGGUAUCUGCUCAUGAUGAAGGGGAACGUGCGUGUAUGCAGCAGCUUCACAAGGUUAACCGCACCUUGCACACCAUCACAUGUAAGCACACAUGUAUGUAGACUUGGCAAACGCACAUCCACUGUCAGCCAGCCCUUAGUCAGCACAGUGUCGGCUGCUGUGUUUGAAAGUUGGAUGUCACCACCUAGUGUUUGUACGGAGGACUUUCCAAUCACUAUGUGAACAACUGACAUUAUCUCCUGUAUUCUCUCAUUGUCUUGUGCCUCUCCUCCUGUCAAACAACUCCUCAACAGUCCCUCUCUCUACCACCACCACUACCUCACACAUCUCCCCCAGAAAUGAUGUCCUUUUUUAUGUAGCGUACACUUUAACAGUGUAUGCUCUUACGCACAUCCAUAUUUCAUGUUAAUGAACAACAGCAUGCGUCACUGAAAACCUAUCUUUACCAUAUGGAACAGGUCACCGCAGUUGAGCACUGCGUCUUUUCCAACCUGAUCAGAGGGACAUGGAGAGACUGACAGUCAGAAAGAUAAUCUGGCAUGUCUUUUUUUGGUAAAUUAUUAAUUUUUAUUGAUUGCUGGAGUUGGAUCCUGAUUACUCUGCAUUUGGCUGCAUUCACUAUGCCCUCAUCUCUUUUUCUGUUCCUUUUGUAGUCUCUUCAUAGAGCAGCACUUCCUCCCUCGCUCCCGUGGUCACUCUUGUUCUUUUCUUUUUUCCCCUGCUGCCUCCAUGCAGAGUCUAAGUAUAGGAGAAUAUACAGCGGAGCUUGAGGCAGUGCAGGACAGUUAAGUCUGCUGGUAAUGGAGAAAACGUUUGUCAGACCAUAGAGCACCAACUUUGGCCCCAUCUUAGCCUUCGGCACAGACCUUUAUUUGCCUACAUUGCUGGAAUGCAUCUGACGCGCGUGUGUGUGUGUACACAUGUGUAUACGUAGAUAAAACUGUGAAUGAUUCAAGUUAGAAUCUCUUGGACAUAUCUUUGUAAACUUUUUAGGGAUUUGAGAAGCAAACGGUGUGUUGGCUGUAAAACUCUUAGCUGUCUGUGUAUGCUGUCUAUAGACGUACAUAAUUUGUCAGUGUGUAUUCAAAUAACUGCAGCUAUUUCACAAGAGCAGUCCUGUUAAGAGUGAAACAAUUCAUGAUUGAUGGACAGAAAAUUAACAGUUUAACAGUAACAGCCAAAAAUGGCAAACAUUCCUGUUUUUGCUGCCUCAGAAUGGGCCUUUGGGGGUUGAGUAUGCAUGAACGUAAGCAUGGUUGGUCUGUGACGGUAAAGGCUAUGACUCUGUGUAAUACAGCCCAGCUGACACUGGAUUUUGGGGGCAGAUACCGAUAUUAGGCAGUUUGAAAAACAUCCGACAUUGAUACAUUGCCUAAAGUAUAAAAACCUUUGCAAUGAUUCCUCAAAUGUGGUUAUCAAACACUGAAAAAGAUAUCUAAUGGUGGAAGGAUAUUUUCCAGUUAAGCAAUAAACGUCAGUGCAGUAAACUUCACUGAGAAUUAAAUAAAAAGCCAUGAAGUCUGGUGCUCAAAGAGAAAAAGAUCAGUGAAAAAGAGAAAAUAAACGACCAUUUCCUGACCUCUCCCGUCACUGGGAGCAUGUGUUGUAGUUUGUUUACCUCUUGUCGAACGCAGGUAACGUUUCUGCUUUGUAACCGUCUUUUAAUGCAGUGCAGCAGUGAACCAGAGUGUUUAUUCCUCUUGUGGCGCUGCCAGUACGUUGAACAUAUUUGCAAUAGUUAAAAGAUUAAUUAAGAAAAUAAGGAGAAAAAUGUAUAAUAAAAAUGAUAAUUUGUUGUAGUCUUAGAAGUGUUAAUGCUGCCAUACAAUUUAAAAGGACAACACUAUCCAUGGCCUCUUGUGUCUGUCCUUGGUCAGGAGGCUGACGGUCAUCAUACAGCAACUUUCUUGAGCCAACUGUUGUUUUUCCAUCAUUCUUCAGCUCUCUUACCACACAUCCCCGCUGACACUCCAUUCUAGUCGUUUUUGCAUUCUUGCAUUCUGCUGAAUCGAUGAAACUGAAUCCACUUCAACACUUACUUACUCUACAUUUUUUCCCACCCUGUCUUGCUUACUUUUUUCAUAUUCAAGUCAUAAUUAUGAUGUAACAUAUUGUAUGCUUAAUGUUUACUUCACAAUUUAAUUCAGUGUUUACUUUCUCCUGCAGUUUGAACUUAAUAUCUACAUUUGGAUCUAUUUCUGGAAAUCUAAAAUCUAUUUUACUUUCAUUUAAUUCGAUUUCAGUAAUUCCACUAUGUUUGGAGAAAAGUUUUAAUUCAUUUAUUAGGUUUAUUUUUGUUUCACAUGCCUUUUUUUCCCACACAUGUGGUGUCAUUGAACUUCAGCCUCUGUUGUUAUGUAAUGUGCUCAGAAUAUCUCGCUGUGGAGCAGAGGAGUAUGCUUGAAUGUAAAAAAUAUGGCUCAUGUUUCCAACAAGCCAUUCUGUUGAGGGAAUAAAUAUGGCGUCAACAGUUCUCAUUUUAGAAUAAGGCAUUGUUGUGUUCUUCACUUUGAGUUGUCUGCUGACACAUCAACGAGCCUGCACUCUGUAGUCUUUCUCUUUCUGUUGUUUACGUUAUGUUCCAGACAGAGAAUCCUUGUUUACUGUAAAGCUCGUCAAAUACAUUAAUCAAGGUAAAACACUCUAGCUGUUUUCUACUUUGAGUAGUUAAAGAUUUUUUUUAAAUAAAAAAAUGUGAAAGCUAAGCCUGUACUGUGUAUUAAGGACAUUACCUUACCACAUUGCUUGUGGCAUCACUGCCUUCUUCACCUGAAUAUGCAAACUGGAAAUGAUUUGGAUGCAAAAUGAAAUGAAGUGUGAAAAAGACAUUUUAUUUUCAGUAUAUUCCGUGUGGCUGUGAGUGAGCAUACAUUGGUGUGCUCAGCACUGUCAUCCAGAUGUCUGUUUCUAUAAAUAGGAAGAUGACAAAUGGUUAAAAGAAAAUUAAAACAAAUAUAAAAUGUUGUAUAGCAAGAUAUUACAGCAGAGAUAAGUGUGAGAACAAUAGCUGGAAAGAUAAUUGUAUGGAGAUGAACGUAGUGAUUUCCUGACAGACCAGACCAGACAAUUGCUUUGGUUUGAAUUUCAAACUGCAAUUGUGUCAAAGAUGUGAUGUAGAAUAUCAGGUUUCAUGUAUUUUAGUUCUUAAAGAUGGAACGAUAACAGAGGACAGAUGAAGGAUGAGCUGGUCUUGGCUCCCUCUGCUGGUCGGAGCAGGGUCAGCUCUCAUUUACGUUCGACUUCAUCCUGACUUGGUCAGCAUCUGAGCAGGUUCACAGCACGGCAAGAUGCAAUCAGUAGGCUGACAGUUGGUUCAAUGAUCAUCCACUAGACACCGCCAUGUCCUGAAGAGAGUCAAGUGGACAGCAGGUGUGAAGGACAUGGCACUGCACUGCUGCAAGGAAUCGGUCGGAUUGUGUUUAGCCAUCACACACACACACACACACACACACACACACACACACACACACACACACACACACAGUCUUUACCGAACACAUACAGAGUUGCACAUUGCCCCAGAUACCAGUCGAGCGUGCAGUACACAUACAAGCUGUGUUCACACCCGCCUCUCCCUCUGAUCCAGUGCAGCAAUUCAACGCUGUUCUGCAAUACUGUUACGCAGAGUCAUCAAUUAUUCAUUAAGGAUUUCUGCGCUUGUUCAGUCAUGGUCUUGAUCGACCGAGAGAUGGAAUUCAAGAGGUUAAUGAUUCAUAUAAUUUCCCCCAAAACUGCAGUGAAACCGUAUAGUUAGUCAAGUACUCUAUAAAAGCUAUUAAUGCUAUUGAUCAUUGUGGGUAGAUGGAUAAGGGUGCAACAUAUGAUCCAGACAGUCUGAUUUAUUUGUCAUGAGGGAAACGUCUAUUAUUCUGCCAAUAAAGGAUCGCCAUCCCUCUGCGCCUGCCUCAUAAACCCAUCCUCCAGCCUCUCUGCAGAGAUAACUUUGGUGGCUCCUAUAAAUAACCGCAUCAGCAGAUUAUAUCAUGUGGAACUCACCAACAAGGAUUUUAUUAAGUACAUUUAUUUAUUAUGAAUACGCUUUUGUCCAAAGCGAUGUACUCAUUUGUUCACAGUAGUGCUAUGCCUGGUUCUGAUCUGGUGGACUGGAUGAUUUGGGUGGUUUACUGUGUGAAAGACUGCCGACAGGUGCAGCAAAAUGAGAACAGAUGACUGGGCAUCGCUUCUCGCUGACCGCAGGAUUUCUUUCAUUGACAGCAGUGCAGUUUCAGUGCACUGAAAGCUCUUAAACCAGACUGGUUUGGAUCAAGGAGAUUAUUUUGUGGGAGAUGAAGUCUGAGACUUAAAAACUGCACCCUCUAGAACCUUGAAUAGAAAGGAUAGUAGCGAGACCGGCCUGUGGUUUGUAACUUGAUGGAUUUAGGGUUGGCCCUUUCAACAGCUGGCUAACUGGCAUGGGAAUGCUCAAACAUUGUGGGGAUGUACCCAAAGCCAGAGGUCGGAGGGAAAUGGAAGGAAAUGGAUCCGGAGGACAAGUGGUGGGACGACUCAAGAGCAAAUGUUUGGAGAGCUCUCCCUCGUUGAGAGGGAGAAUGCAGUAAGUAGAAGUUACACUAAAAGGCCCCAGAUUCCCAAGCUGGCUGCUGCUUGUUUAAGGACAAAAUUCAACAAAGUCAUUAAGCAGAUAUUUGAGGACGGAGAGGGAUCUGGAGGUUAAUUUGCUCUUAAUAAGUGCAGGAACAUUUCGGUCAUUCGUGGACAACCUGACAGGAGAGGGAGCACGAUGUCUUGGGAACCCCCCCCCCCCGGCCAAGGAGUGGUAUCCAGCGAAACCUUCUGCAGAGCUCAUGAAUGUGGACACAAGGCUGAACGUGUGUGCCUGACUGGAUGAGCAUUUGUAAUUGCCGUCUGCAGAGGUUGAUUUUAGUGCAGGGCUUAAGAGUGUAGUGGCGUGUGUGUGUGCUUACUGUCAGAGCGGAGACACAGAUUGGGGGAGGCAGGUCUUGCACUGUGUGGUCCACAGCACUGCACAGUCAUGAAUGAUUUAAUGGCAGGAGAGGUGAGCUCUGUCCUGCUCUCGAGAUGCACGCCGGCAUUUAUGACCUGCACAAGUGAAUCAUUUACAUGACCCAACCAAAUGUUGUAACGAUAUUCGGAAUAAAUUGGGUUUCUUAGGGUGAUCUAUGAUGUGUGUUUUAUAUGUAGCUCCAUAAAUGGCACUGCUGCUGCAGUUUAUCAAAAGAGAGGGAGUUCACUCCUACGAUCCUGUGUCGACCUUGCACAUUUCCACUGUCGACUUAUGUAAGUUUCAAAUACAGAAGAGGAGGUGGAGGCCCACUUUCUUAAGUGGAUCAUGCUACAGAAAUACUCUUUACAUAUCAAUAUUUUCCUCACAGUACAAAACCACACAUUGUAUUAUUCUUCCCGGUAUGAUGGUUAUGUGAGAACAGUGCCAUAUUUCACUGUGUGUGUUGUAAUACUGCUCCAACAUACCGCAUUACGGCUAGGCUGUUGUUGGCCUGCAGCCAGUGAGCAUGGGUCAUACAUUCAUUUAGACGACUUUAUUCAUGUGAAAGGUCACAUGUCGUGUGUGUGUGUGUGUGUGUGUGUGUGAGAUCAAUUCAGCCUCUCUUAUUCUUUAUUUUUUUCAUCCCGCUCUAAACGGCUCAUUUUUUUCAGUGGUACACGUUUGAUAGGUCACAGUAGCAGUUAUUAAACAUGCUGCCAAAUGCAAAUCCAGAUGGUACCACUUUGCGAGAGAAUCAUCCUCCCACAAAAUAAUUACCAUUCACUUCUAACUGAGUCUGAAUUACCACACUAUCUCACAGUUCUGGUCUCUGGACACUGAUCAGCUGUUCAGUGCAUCAUGUACUUCUCUGCUCACACCUCCACGUGGAGAAAACCCACGAAUUCACAUGAAUAUGCUUUUGACUUUAACAGUUUUAUGCAUAUCAUUGGAAUUUGACAAUAACUCUUAAAGGACUGCAAUAUUGCCCCUGAAAAGACCUAAGUUAACAUUGCAUUAGUCUGUAACUCAAUACUUUCUGACUUCCCCAGCCUGUACAUGUACUGAAUAUGAUUCUCAGCCCCAAGCCUGUUUGUCCCUAUGAAGAUGUAGAUCUGUAAAGGCAGGUCACGAACAUAAACCUUUUAUUAAAAAAAAGGGUUCCUGAAAAAGCUGGGAAUAGUAGCUUUUAGCAAACAUCACUCAGGAAUAAAUAAUGUAUUUGUUGGGGACUAUUUUAAACUGUGGAUUAAUGCACAUAUAGUGCUCUAGUAGGUUUUUCCUGCUACAGGAUGGUUUAUUGACUCAAAAAAGAAUCGUAACAAAGGAAUAUGUCACCCAGUGCAACUGUGUGGCUUACUGAUGUGUUUUUGGACAAUAGUGAAGGUACAGAAGAGUUAAGAUAUAUCAGGCUUUUGCAUGUCAGGCAAUACUCAUAGUAUUGGUUUGGUUUGGAUUUUUUAUCACCAGACUUGCCCUUUUAAUUUUGGUUAACAAAUAAAUAUAAAAUGUUGUAGCUAACAUAUUCAAAAGAGCUCUUUUUUUGUGCACAAAUCUGAAGGACACCUUUGUCAGCGCUUAAGAGUAACAGUGUGAGAACACAUGUCCAGCACCACGGGCAAAAGGACAAGUUUGACACUGAUAAAUAACCCCGAGCAUGACAGAGCAGGCAUUUAAUUAUGAGAAAGAAAUAGACUCAAAGACAGAGGGACGGGGAAAAGGUAUGCGUGUUGGUAGCAGAUUGAGGCGCAGGGUGGUGGGUUUCUUGCUUGGCACUUCCUUGGCUGUUCAUUCCUCUUUCAUGCUCCAUUUAUUCAAUAUGGAAGCCAAUGUGCUGUCUAAGGUUGGAACUAUUUUGAGGCAUUGUUUCAUGGUUGUAGACGUUAUUUCUUUUACAUGGUGAUGAGGCCGUUUUUGAGGCAGUUACAUAAAUUCAGCACUCUUGAAGCAGAGUGUGUCCCCUCGUCCUCUCAGGUAAGAAUAUUGCAGUAAACAUUUUCACACAAAGGCAUGCCCUCCAUUUUACUACACUAUUGGAAAACUGAACUUUCAUAAAAUUUCAUGACAUCUUUCUUUGUAGUGAAUUGUCUUGAGAUAGCUCGAGACUGUUCCGUUUCUUCACUGAAUGGCUCGCUCUUGCUUUGAUUAUUGCUCAGAAGUGAUGCUUUUGUCCUCUCUCGCUCAUGUUUUUGUGCUUUUUUCGGGGCGUGCCCUCCUUCAAAUUACUGAACAAAUUGUUGAUUUGUCGGCCCUUCUUACUUUGAUCCAAAAUAUUUCUACUCAGUCGGCCGCCUCUCACUAAUUUAUUCUCAAUUUUCCAAAGUCUUUUCCCACACAAUGUGCCUCCCAGUGCAAACAUCUUCCUUCACUCGGGCCAACAGUGUAUCACCUUUUCACUUUCUGCUUUUUUCUGUCCCUCUUGAUCCCUCUCAUCAUGUACAGCCUCAGUUACAAUGUUCGCUCUCAUCACAUCCAAACCCUUGAGCUCUCUCCUCUUUCUUUUGUUCUUCUUCUCUCUGUUUCUAUCCAGCUCUCUAGUUUUCAAGACGCUCGCAUUGCUUUACCUCUCUUCUGCUUUUCCCUUUAGUCCCCGAACUGACCUCCAACCUCCCCAUGUGUGCUUCUUUAUACGUUCUCAGCUUUGACAACCCCCUUGAGCCACUCUCACUCAUCAAACCCCAACUCAAGUGCUCCCUUCCUGUUUUGGAGGGCUUUGCUGAGGGUCGGGGACGUCUCUGAGGUUGGUACGGGUCUCAUUUAGAGGGGGGAACACAUGCUUUGUGAGAACAGAAGUGUGUUUUUCUCAGGCCACAGGUGUGCAGCGGUGGGGAGUUCCUAUUGUAGGUGCCUCCUCUUGCUUGAAGAAAGCCAAGUUAAUAUAGAUGUUGAAUGACAGUGGGGGUUGAGAAUUUGUAAGGUUUUACCCCAACUCAGUCUGUAAUUUACCACAAAGGGCAGGAACUGCGAUCUUUACGUGGAAGGAACGGUUUGAGCCCCCACAGAAAUAGGGAUCCCAAGGGUUUGUUGAAGGCAUUAAACCUUCAUUUUAAAGUCCACCUGAACUUCGCUGGUUUUACCUCAAGGGCAUGUCCAUGCAGGACACACAAACUUAGCUUGGUCAUGUGGAGUUGUAUUUAUUCACCGACAAACUGUACACUCACUGCGCUGCUACGUUCACAUGAGCAGAACUUGAGAAUAAAUAACAACAGAAUUAAUGUCUGAUUGAGUUGUUUUAUUUCUCCACUGCUUAUUUUGGGCUUGCAGUUGAGACAAGUUGCGAGCUUCAUGUCUUCUUCACUCACAUCGACGACAUGUUGUGUGUGCGGCUGUGACGUUACUGUCCGUGCCACUGUGUGCUGACGUUAAACUAUCAUGCGGCGGCGGCACAUGUGUAAAUGUGACGUCCACAAACUUGGAAAUAUGAGACUGACUGGCAGCUGAUUAGCUGAUUAGCUGAAAACCGGCCAAUACAUCCAUGCAUCUCUACUAGUUGUGUUUAAUAAUUACUGCAGAGAAUUUGACUGCAACAUGAAAAAGAUGAGCACCAUCGAGAUUCUCCCCUGUCUCACCUUUUAACUUAUUCACCUCUUUUGUUCUUCUCUGCAGUGUUUCAUCAUCUCAUCCUUCAUUUCAUCUUUUUGCCACGUUUCAUCUGUUGUUAGUUGCUAGUUCUGUGUUGUAUGGGCCUAUUCUGCCAAGAUAAAGGUUCUCCAUCGGGAUGUGCCCUCCUGUCCUCCCUUCAUCCCGUUCUCUCCACUCUGGGGUGGGUGUCACUCAUCAGUGCUUCCCCACCAAGCAGGCAGAGAGAGGGGAAGAAGAGGAGGAGGAAGGGUUUCAGGGAUGCAAGAUGGAAAUAUCAGAGAAGAGAGACGUAGGACAGGAAUUGGAAAAAAAAAGGGUAUGAGGGGGUUAUGGUGAUGUUGGUGAUGAUCACGAGGCGAGUAAAGCUCCAUAAAAGCGGCUUGACUGUCCACCAACUGAAUGAGCCCCACACUGCUGAUAAGGACGAUGAAAGGAAUAAUGAUGACAGUGGGGGUGCCAAUAGGGUGCUAUUUUUAGAUGCAUUCAGCUCGCCUGCUGUGUAUAACUGUGUACUCUAUGAGCGAGUGAACGUUUCUUUACAUGGACCAGAAGCUAGCUAGCUGGUGGUAAUUACACUGGUAUUGCCUUCACCUUGUGUGUGUGUGUGUGUGUGUGUGUGUGUGUGUGUGCGUGUGUGUGCGUGUGCGCGCGCGUGUGUGUGUGUGUCUUUGCUCCUGUCCUAGUGUGCACAUGGGUGUAGGUUUAAGCCACGUGCUGUUAAUGCUGACUACAGAAUCAGGGAAGAGCUGCAGUGAGCAACUCAAUGUGCACUCUUCAUGAAGACAUGGAAAAUUGCUUUUCAACCGCUGUGUGUGUGUGUGUUAGUGAUUAAAGUGCAUGUGCGCUGUGUGUGUCAGCACUGCGGAUAGAUGGAAGGGUAAAAGGACUGCAGGGCUGUGUAUAAAAGAAUGCAACAGAAAGGGAUGAGAGAUAAAUGUGUAAACAUUCAAAUAAGCUAUAUGUACAGUAUGAUCAUUUUCCUGUUAUGAUUUUAUUAAUUAUGCAUUUAUAAUUUUGAUACCUGAGUAAUCAUGUACAUAAUUUAUCAACCAGAAAUAUCAAACCGUGUGGUUCCAGCUUUUAAGAUGUGUUGCUCGCUACAUUUCUCUUUUUUUAGUUUUAUUUUAGUUUUUAUUGAGAUGGACAUUCUUUAGACUAAAUGAGUGACAAUCUGAUUAACCAGAAAAAUAUUCACCAGAUAAAUAUUCCUAUAUAAUAUAAUUCCUCAACAAGGAAAAUAACUUAAAUUAAAAGUAUUUGGUCGCAGCUGUAAAAAAAAAUUUUUCAUUUUUUUUUACAUGUUUGUUCUUUCCAACGAUAUGUCAAUCCCUCACAAAUCUGUUGCCUUCCAUCUCAAACUCCUCUGAAGUUGUAUUUUACAGUAAUUGGUGCAAACAAUUUAGGCCACAGAGAUGCACGUCUGCAGAGAUCUAAUAGAAAAAUGCAACUUCCGGUUCGAGUGAGGAGCAAGGAAAUGACAAAUGAGAGACUUGGGAUGUACCCCUCGACUCGAGCAUUUACUGAUUCGAUUUUGUCGGUCAAAGGUCAAGACAUGGAUGUAAACUGCAACUUGACGUCAUUUUAGUUUGGCCUUUGAAACUAUCUUGUUGUAAAGGCUGACACAGCUGUAGCGUAGUUCUGUUAAAUUGAGCAGUAGAAGUGAAUGAAGGGAAUCGAGGGAUGGCUAAGAUGUUCAUAUUGGCAUCCUCCUCCUUUCACUCAUCUCCCGCUUUACUGAUAGCGUCACACAUAGAAACCUUUACCAUCAGCAGCGGGACUCCAAACUCACUGAAACCUGGGCUGGCCUGAAGGAGGAGUCUCCCAACAGCAACAACAGCAGGGAAAGAAAGAGAUGGGAUGAAAGAGAGAGAAAGCUGGAUGAGGGAGAAACCAACUUUUCCUCUUUCCUUGCCUGCUAAAUGACACACAUCAGCCAUAAUACCACUUUUCUUGUCUGUGUCUAUUACGACAUGACAUCGUGGUACAAGGCAGAUUGCUCCCCUCUUUUCUCCUCCAGUAUUACAAUUGACUUUCAGCGAACAUCAAUGUGCCGACACCGUGCUCUCUUUUAGCAUAGCCAUCAGCUAUCCUUAAAUCCUAGUUCGUGAUUAAACGUCUUCUGAUGUCAGCGGUUGUAGUUUGUGAGGGUACCUCAGAUAAAUAUACUCCAUUAUCUUGUGAAUGAAUCAAAAAGAAGACGGCUACAAUGCUAAUGCUGCAAACCGUCACACCAAGCUUGUAGGUGUUGCAUUACAGCUCUUCAAAUGUAAUUUCCUCUCCUCAUCACCGUUUCCUGGGUGUUUUGAGGGGGCCUUUCUCUUUCUAACGACUAGAAAGACAAAUCCCUUUUUCUGUGGGAUUUGGCCGGCUUAAUGCUUUGUCUCUCACCCUCACAGCUCGCUGGCUGCUGUUUUUGUCCCGUUCCCCCCUGAGAAUAUUACCUUCAGAUUCAAUUUCCCCCCUGUGAAUCUAAUCAAGGAUACUUGCAAUAAAGUUUUCUCUUAAGAGCUAUGCAGCAGCCAUCUAUGAGAUGUUAUUGCCUAUCCACAUUAUGGCACCGCAGUGAGAACAGUCUUGGGACUGCUCCUUGGAAAUUUCAGAGGCUUUGGGGCGAAGGGUCACUUCAGGUCCAUCUAAAGCCCAUAUAAUUCUUAAGCAUGUUUGAAACACUUUAAAUAUGAAAUUCCUUAAACCGUGACUCCAAAGCUUUCUGUGACCUGUGUGUGUGUGCGCGCUCAUGUGCAGGUGUUAUUUUGCAUAUUAAACCUUCAUUAACUGAUUUGUUUUGGGGCACUUGAGGGCAACGGAACAUGCUGUAAACACAACAUAUCACUUCAUAAAGUUGAUAUGGCAAACCUGUGAACAAAUAGUUGAAUAUGUACAUAACCAUUGGAUACAAAGCAACAUUAGCAUUAUUUUGAAGUUGUGUUUAUGUCCACCUGAUGAAUGUAAGUCCAAUAUUCACUCUCCCUUGAUCUCUUUUUUCUUUGGUCUCCACCAAUAUUUUGGGGAAACGUGUCUCCAGUCUUUAGAGCUUUAUCUCUUAAAAACAGCUGCCUGCUGCAGAUGAGCACAAGGUUGACGUUGAUGGCCGUGAAAGCAAAACGAGUUAACAGAAGCUAGCUAGCUGGUGGUAAUUACACUGGUAGUGUGUGUGUGUGUGUGUGUGUGUGUGUGUGUGUGUGUGUGUGUGUCAUCAUGGCAAAAUGUGGUCCUGGAGAUGCCUACUGUUGGGGGAACUAUGACAGAAGCAGUUUGGAGUACUUUGUUAGGUGUUUAUAUUUCUGUCUGGACAGAUUUUAUCACCAUGAUAGCUUCACAACUGUGAAUAAUGCAAUCAUACAAUUUUGUAGGCCAAGUUUGAAGAUGAAUGUGGUCCGACCAAUGGCGCCAGAAGUAGGGAAGAAGCCAUUGGCCCCCCCCCCCCCCCCUUAUGCUCCUGGCCAGAUUUGGCAUCAAGGCUAGUGUGAUCUCAUCACAAAAUAGUCUUUAGUUAUCUGUGGGUUUGUCUUACAGGUAACACAUUUCACAUAGUCAUUAGAUCUAUUGUGAGUAUUAAAUAUUGAUAAGAGCAGCUCAUGUGUGCAUGAUGACCUGUCUCUGCCUGAAACAAAUAUCAAAUGAUGGAUGCACAGAUGUUAUUUUAUAAAUAACAGACGUGUGUUAAAGUGAUGGAAAAAUGAUCAAUAAUGAGUAAUUGUUCAGGUAAGCAUAUGUAUCUUAGCCUUUGCAUUAUUGGCAGUAGACGCAUUCAGUAUGAAUCAGGUUCUUAUAUAAUACUUCAUAAUGUAUUUAUUUCAACAUGUAUUGUUUGAGAAUGUUUUAUUUCAGGCUAAACGUAAAGCAACUAGACGCUGCAUAUUGUGUGUCUGUGACCUCAGGCUUUUCAGUGACAAAAAAAUUACUUCCAUCACUUCUGAAUGUCUAAUCACAUUGGCAUUCAGUUUGAGAUGUGGUGCUCAGUGUGGCUAGACUGCACACUGCAUGCUGAUUAUCAGUGGACAGUAAUACAUUCUGUCCAGUAUUAUGAUCGCCGUGGCCCGGUUUAAAGACCUAGAUGUAUUGUCCACGCCGAUGUCUGCGGCACAGCAGCUGUUCCUGUUUGUUUAGUCUUGGCGUGGCUCUUUGGCUACACUUAUUAAAGCAUGUAACGUUCAUGCUACACUUGGCAGGGGCGUUGCUGGAGUUGGUUGGUGGCUCUGUCGAAGUGUCGACGCGAGUCUGGGUAAUCCACCGGCUGCUCUGCUAUGCUUGUGCACGUCACUGGGCUGGCCUCAUACAAAAGAGCAGACCUGAAAAGCACCAUAAUGAGGCACAGCCUGAAAGAAAAGGCAUGUCUCUUUCCAUUUUUCUGAGCGAAAAGAAAAGAGAAACAUAAAAGAAUAGAAGACAAGAAAGAAAGAUGAAAAUAAGCCUCACAAAUCCAGGUUUUUGGCGCCGCUGUCACUUUGAGUUUAUCUUUUUUUCAUGCAUGUUUUUUAUUAUGCUAAUGCAAUGUUGGAUAAAAAUAGUCUGGGAUGGAAGAGCAACGGUUUUCAAUGGAAAGAGGUGGAAAAUAAGAGGGAGGGACAGGGGGGUGCCGCUAAAUGUCAUUGAUAAAUCAUAAAGAAAAAUUCAAAUCCCGCAUAGCCUCCAUUUCUGUCUUCUCUUUCUUUUCAUCUCUUCUUUCUUUGCAAAGCUUCAGCACAAACAUCACAUGUCCCAGAGUUCACACAAAACAUGAACACAUUGUUCUCUCUCCGUCAUGUCACAGUUCAUCUUCAGUUCCAACUACAGUAAACACACAAGUAAUCCUUUGUUGUUUUUUUCUCUGUUAUCUGAUUUAUCAUCCACUACCAAAGAAACAUACCAAGAGAUGGCUCCAGAUUACUAACCGUUUUUGCUGCAGUCAUAUAAAUGUUUACAUUUAGUACAUUGGUGUCAGUAGGCGCACAUACCCACGCUGCCGAAAGGCCCUUUAGUUGAAACAGACUCCUCCACUUGCCGCCUCGACAAUCCCCCGAUAAGUAUUCUCUGAGGAAGACAAAAAAAGUUACAGAGCUGAAGAUCAGAAGAGGUUGUACUUUUCUCUCCACUGCGGAGAACAUCAAAGCGCUCUGUGCUCUCUGUUAUGUGAUGGUAAUCUUUCUGCGUUAAUGACCUCUGACCUCCACAGGUUCAGAGCAGAGAGUGGGACCAAGAAAAAUCUGACAGAGUGGACCAAAUAACAGAAACACCUUAUUAUACUGCAUAAUGAAAUCCAAUGCAGUAGGCCUGACAACAUUUAUUUUGAAGUCUGUUAUUUAAAUUCAGUCAAUGCAGUAGUAGAGGAUCUACUAUUCUUACUGUUGUGACUUUCUUUUUACUAAUGCAAUUGUUUGUGUUGGUGAAAUGUCAUUUGGGACAUACGUUUGACUAUUUUGUGUAGCUGUCUUUAAAGUUGGAGCCCAGUUACAAAAAACAAUCUUAGGAAGAGAGCAAGCUGUGUGUGUGUGUGUGUGUGUGUGUGUGUGUGUGUGUGUGUGUGUGUGUGUGUGUGUGUGUGUGUGUGUGUGUGAGAGAGAUAGGGGGAGGGAGGUGAGAGAGAAAUCGGGGUCUGACUCAGCAAUGCUGUGCAGAUGAAGAUGCCAUCAUACUUUCAACAAGAAGAUACUGUACAAACAUCCACUGAGGCACAAGUUCAGUGAAGCACCCCAGGCACCAUUAUUUAUCAGCACAGUUGUCACUGAGCCAGAGCUCUCUUUCCAUCAAUCUCUUCUUUCAUCUUUUCAUUCCCGGCCUGUUUCCUCACCGCUUCCGCUCUUUAUGGUCAGAAAUGAGGCUGGCGCUGCACUGAGGCAAGCCCAAACAAAUGUUUGCUACUGUCUCGGUAUAAAUGGUAAUGACAGACUGUAGGCUGGCAUAUAGACAGAUUUAAAAUCUAGUGCACAACAAUAUAAUGCAGAGGGACACCCACAACAUUUGUUAAGAAAAAUACUAUCGAAUGGAAUAUAUUCAUGAGCCUGGCUGCGUCUCAAAAUUAUGACAUUGAGCCGUCCGCUCUGUCAGCACGUUUGCUGUAGUUUGUACUGUAAGAGCUGUUAGCACUGUUAGCUACGAGCCACCGGCGUUGAGUUGUUGAGAGGCAAUAAAUAUGCUCCCACCUAUAACGGUCUAACUUGCUUCAGUAUUUAUUAUAGUUAAGUAGAGUUUGUACAGUGUGUUGAAGAAAAUCUCUUCAUUUAAAACGUCUGAAAUGUAACAAUUAAGUAUUUUUUAAACCAGAAUUUUAUAAAGUGUGUUUAUAUUUUGUUAUUGAUACUAUUGUUUACUGUUUAAAACUUUCAUUUACUGGUGGUAUUAUGAUGUUUGACAAGUUCAUUUUUUACCAGUAAAAUGUUGCGGCCACAACUAUUCACAAACCUACUUAAAUGGUUUAUUCAAAAAUCAAUAUUGGCCUCAAAAAUCUGGCUCUAAUCUACAUUUGAGCUGUAAUCUAUAUUUUUCCGCUUUUUAAAACCAACCACCGAAAAGGUGUUUUUGUUCAUCUGAACUGUUCAUAGAACUGCAUAAAGUCCCACUUUAACAAAGUCAUGUUGACAGCAGGUAAAGUCCUUGUGAAGUUUGUAUCUCAUAGUUUCAGGACAGUACAUUAGGUCUCAAUAGAGUCUGAAAACUUGGACCUCUUUAGUUCUGCGUCUAUUAACCAGAAAGAUUGAAUUAUGGUCUGGCUGCUGAGAUCCUGUCUGAUGCUGACUCUAGCCCGAUUAUGACUGAUGGUUCACAUCCUUGUUUUUUUAAAUGAUGGAGUCUGUGUUCUCUGCGAGUGCUCAGAUACUGCAUACACCAAAGAGAGGGAGACAUGGAGAGUUGUGGGGACAGAUUCUGUCCACAGCUUUCACUCUCAUCCUGCACAUCUUCACUCUGUAUUUCCUUCUCUGCUGUACCCAUCCACUUAUAAAGAUUAAUGGCAUCCUGGCUCUGUGCUGACAUAUUGCGGCUGUCAUUCUUCUCUGUUGCUUUCAUCUUUUCUGCUCUCCUCCCUCAUCCAAGUAUUUCUAACUCCCUGUUUUUGUCUUCAACAGGUCAGUCUUGCUUUGUCACGUUGAGGAGCAUGUGCAAACGUAGAGGUGUCUUUAUGUACUGAGUAUGUGAUAAUAUGUAUACAUAGGGGUGAGCCGGUGAAUGUGCUAUGACGUGUGAUGUGUAAUCUGUCUGCAGAGGGAAGACAGUUUUAACCCCCGCCGUUAUUGCUAAACCACUCCUCUGUCAGUUCAGAGGCCAGGCAAGCUUAAUGUAGCUUGUGAGGAGGAGCUGAAGCACAGGAUAAGGAGUUGAAAGUGUGUAUGUGUGUGUGUGUGUGUGUGUGUGUGUGUGUGUGUGUGUGUGUGUGCAUUUAUGUAUGUAUAAGUGUUGAGUUUUGUGCCAGGGCUGCAGUAAUCAGCCCGAUCCAGCCCAUACCCUCUGUGAAGUGUCUGCAGACUCAUACUACAGAGCAUCAUGCUGCCACUAGAGGGCCGUUAUGCCAAAAUGAAAGCAUACAAUCUCACAUAUUGUCAAAGCAUACAGUAUAUUUUAUUUUGACCAUUGUUCUCUUUGGAAAACAGAAUAGCUAAUACAGAACCAUUUUGUACCGGGAGUGUUUUUCUUUCUCCAAAAUGAACUUGCUUGUCUCCAGCCAAUUCUUUUAGAGGUCCUUGUCCAGCAGGGUGAAAUGCACAUGAUAUGUCCCCUCCCGGUUAUCUUUACCUCCGCUGAACAGCAACGGUGGUAAUGUCAGUGGUGAAACUUAGCAAUUUCUUGGUUAGGUGGUACCACACUUGAAGGCGUGCCGUCGACCUGGCUAACACACCUGAGAUCGAGGUAUCUUAACAACGAAUCCCAAACGAAUGUACUUGUUCCUUCAAUAGUCUUCUCUUUUUCAACAAAGAUAAUCUCUCAUUUAGACAUGCGGCAGUAUUUCCUAAUUCUCACAUUGCUUUUUUUUUUUUUUUUUUAAGUUGUCCCACAUUUCGCCACUCUUGCAAAAGUGCUGCUCUCGGCAAUUGCCUAGUUCACAUAUUUGGACGCGCCAAAAAAAGACAGCUGACACAGUAUCAGCAUUUAUGUUAAUUUCUCGCCUGCCUUUUCAACUCUAGUUUCUGUUCUCUGAGACAUCAGGACACGGGCAAUAAACCACCACCAGCAGCACACGUGGACAGCUGUAACCCAUUAUCCUGCCAACAACAGGGGCUCGACACAAGGUGCAGAGGGCACGUCUGUCCCAAACUUAAAUCAACCCUGUUACAAGGAAAGGAGUGUGGCCUAUGCUUCAUUAUGACCUGCAACCUCAUUGAGCCCAAAGACCAAAAUUUCUCAAAUUAAAGAUCCCCUCCAGACAUUAUAUAUCACAAAUAUUCUGCUUUGAAUAAUAAUUUGUGGUGUUUGUGUUCUUUGUGUUCUUAAGAACAUCUACUCCUACUCUACUACUCAUGUUGGACCACGACUGGCUGCCCUACGAGUUGCCAAGUCACAAAAUCAUGCUUACACAUGCAUGCAUGCGUUGGAGCUCACUCUCCCCAUUCUGCAGAUGAAUAUGAAAACAGCCUUCUGAUGUCAAACUGCACAUACAUCAUUCUGCACGCUGAAGCUCAAACAUCCAAGUCAAGUAACAAAAAGCAAAAGCACACUUUGAUUGGAGGGUGACUUGAACUUUAAGUCAUUAAGGUUUGACACGUCCAGAGAAAACCUCUGUCAUCGCUAAUGGUUGUGCCACUUUAAGGAGGUCUUAUCAAUUAGGACCUGAUAAGUUAUCUUUCUUCUCCUCAGAUGAGUUAAGUUAUGCUAUGCAGGCUGAGCCAAAGGUGGUUACUGUCAGAGGGUAAGAAUAGCAGUCCCUUUCGUCAAAAACCACGGGAUAAUUUGUCAUUUCUUCAUGGACAUUAUUGUCCGUAGUCCCCUGCUCAACAUUCUUUGGCAGUGGAGCUCUCAUCACUGUCCAAACUCAAUACUGUGGACAGGAGAGACAUCCCACGUGAUGUUUUUGCACAGGUCACGGUCCAGUGGCGCUGAGAAGUGCGUAGCCUUUUUUCUACAUUGUCCCCUCCUUUCCCUCUCCUACAAGCAUUUAUCUCUCUGCAUGGUUUUUGGCAGCGAUGUGCUUUUCCCAGCAUUUAGCCAGGAGAGGGAGAGAGGAGGGGUGAGGUAGAGAAAAGGAGGCCUUUUCAACCAGGGAAUGACAGACGCUUUAUUAAAAGAGGCAGGACCUUUUGAGAGGCUGGCCCCUCCGUGCUCCCCCCCCCCCGCCCCAUGUGUCUGGCCCAUUGUCACGGGACGGUGGCAGCAACCCCCCCACCAGGCGCUUUGUCACUGUAAGUCACCUCACCGACUGAAACAGUCCCACUUUGAGAACUCGCACCCAUUCUCCACAGCAACUCUGCGCGUUUCUUGUAUCGGCUGGUCCGUGAAAAAAAAUGAUUGUCUGGCUGUCACGAAACAUACAGGAGACACAGAGAUGGGCGUGACGUGUGGAGAAGAAGGGACAGGAGAAUGGAGGGAUAAAGUUGGGGUGACGCAGAGUGUUUGUGGUGCAACCAAACCUGAAAGGUGGAAAGGAUAGAUGAGGUGGAGUGCAGAACAUGGAGUGUGAUGGAGAUGGAAGAGGGGAAAAAAUAAAGAGUUUGAAGUAAAGCUAGUGAGUAAAGCUUGUGAAAUUGGAAAAAAUAGCCAGAAUGUAGUCAUGAAACCCAUGGUGAGAGUGUGGGGCACCCAUUUGUUUUUGGCUGUGUGUGAAAUGUGCGUCUUUAGAUACAGGCAGCAUUCCUCCAGAGAUAAACCCCUGGGCCCCCCCGUCCCCUCGACCCACACCCUCCCCAGUCUCUCCACCCACCAUGCUUACUCAAGUGUGUGUCUGGGCGUGUGCAUAUGUAUGUACGUGUGUGUGUGUGUCUGUUCGUGUUUACGUUGGACGGGGGUCUGCGUGCCCUGUAUCGCAGCACUCACAGGGGGCAACAGAAAAGACAGCUGUGUGUUUGAGAGAAACAGAAAACGUAAGAAAGAGUGAGUGGAGGGCCAACAGGCAUGCCAGUCAAGACCGUCACUUUUGGAGCAGAUGCUGGCAACAGUUUUCUCCGAGCGGCCCGUUCUGGCAACCUGGACAAGGCCCUGGACCAUAUCAAAAAUGGCAUUGAUAUAAAUACAGCCAAUCAGAAUGGACUCAACGGGCUGCAUCUGGCCUCGAAAGAAGGCCACGUUAAAAUGGUGCUGGAGCUACUCCACAAUGGCAUCGUACUGGAGACCACCACAAAGAAAGGGAACACGGCCCUGCACAUUGCAGCGCUGGCAGGGCAGGAGCAGGUGGUCACAGAGCUGGUUAACUACGGGGCCGAUGUCAACGCUCAGUCCCAGAAGGGUUUCACUCCACUCUACAUGGCCGCACAAGAAAACCAUCUAGAGGUUGUGAAGUUUCUUCUGGAGAACGGAGCCAAUCAGAGCACUCCAACUGAGGAUGGAUUCACUCCUCUCGCCGUGGCUCUUCAACAGGGACAUGAGAAUGUCGUAGCCCUGCUCAUCAACUAUGGCACCAAGGGAAAGGUCCGCCUCCCUGCUCUGCACAUUGCAGCACGCAACGACGAUACACGCACAGCCGCAGUGCUUCUGCAGAAUGACCCCAACGCUGAUGUACUCAGCAAGACUGGAUUCACACCCCUCCACAUUGCUGCACACUAUGAAAACUUGAAUGUGGCUCAACUGCUGCUCAAUAGAGGAGCCAAUGUCAACUUCACCCCAAAGAACGGCAUCACUCCACUGCACAUUGCAGCCAGACGGGGGAAUGUGAUCAUGGUCCGACUCCUGCUGGACAGAGGGGCUCAGAUUGAUGCCAAGACCAAGGAUGAGCUGACUCCUCUGCACUGUGCAGCCAGAAAUGGUCAUGUCAGGAUUAUAGAGAUCCUGCUGGACCACGGAGCCCCCAUCCAGGCAAAGACCAAGAAUGGCCUGUCUCCAAUCCACAUGUCAGCACAGGGGGACCACAUGGACUGUGUCAAGCAACUGCUGCAGUACAAUGCAGAGAUAGAUGAUAUCACAAUGGACCACCUUACCCCUCUUCAUGUGGCAGCACACUGUGGCCACCAACGCAUGGCCAAAGUACUGCUGGACAAAGGGGCCAAACCCAACUCUCGGGCAUUGAAUGGCUUUACUCCUUUGCAUAUUGCUUGUAAAAAGAACCACAUGCGUGUGAUGGAUCUCCUGCUUAAACACUCUGCAUCAAUAGAGGCUGUGACUGAGUCUGGCCUGACACCUUUGCAUGUGGCAUCGUUUAUGGGUCGUCUCAACAUUGUGAAGAUCCUGCUGCAGAAAGGAGCUUCCCCCAGCGCCUCCAAUGUGAAAGUGGAGACUCCUCUUCAUAUGGCGUCUCGGGCAGGACACUAUGAGGUGGCAGAGUUUUUACUGAAGAACGCAGCACCUGUGGACGCGAAGGCUAAGGAUGACCAAACACCUCUGCAUUGUGCCGCUCGGAUGGGCCACAAGGAGCUAGUGAAGCUGCUGCUGGAGCACAAAGCCAACCCCAACUCCACCACCACGGCAGGCCACACACCCCUACACAUCUCUGCUCGGGAAGGUCACGCACAAACCGUACGCAUCCUACUGGACAUGGAGGCUCAGCAGACCAAGAUGACGAAGAAAGGCUUCACUCCGCUCCAUGUAGCCUCCAAGUACGGCAAGGUGGAUGUAGCAGAGCUUUUGUUGGAGAGAGGAGCCAAUCCUAAUGCUGCUGGGAAGAAUGGUCUGACUCCACUGCACGUUGCUGUACAUCACAACAACCUGGAUGUUGUCAACUUGCUUGUCAGCAAGGGCGGGUCUCCGCAUAGUGCAGCCAGGAAUGGCUACACCGCCCUCCACAUAGCAUCCAAGCAGAACCAGGUGGAGGUGGCUAACAGCCUGCUGCAGUACGGAGCUUCAGCCAAUGCUGAGUCACUGCAGGGAGUCACACCUCUCCACCUGGCCUCGCAAGAAGGAAGGCCCGACAUGGUCUCCCUGCUCAUCUCCAAACAGGCCAACGUCAACCUUGGAAACAAGAGUGGAUUAACCCCACUCCAUCUGGUCGGACAGGAAGGACAUGUUGGCAUCGCAGAUAUCUUGGUGAAGCAAGGGGCUUCAGUAUACGCUGCCACACGGAUGGGUUACACGCCUCUCCAUGUAGCGUGUCACUAUGGCAACAUCAAGAUGGUGAAGUUCCUUGUGCAGCAACAGGCCGAUGUCAACAGCAAAACAAGGCUUAGUUACACUCCUCUGCACCAGGCGGCCCAGCAGGGACACACGGACAUCGUGACACUGUUGCUGAAGCACGGAGCUCAGCCCAACGAGACUACAACAAACGGUACUUCAGCUCUGGCCAUUGCUAAGAGGUUGGGCUACAUCUCUGUGAGCGACGUCCUAAAGCUCGUCACUGAGGAGACGGCGUCCAUGACGACCACUGAGAAACAUCGCAUGAGUUUCCCAGAAACAGUGGAUGAAAUACUGGACGUGUCUGAGGAUGAAGGAAUUGCACAGCUAACAUUAGGAGAGGAGCUCCUGGGGACAGAAGGGGCCAGGUACAUGAAGAUGGAUGACAUGAAAGACCAUGAUGACGAUUUCCUCUCCCCCAAGAAAUCACUGGAGUACGAGAGAGGGCUGGGCACAGCGAAUUACUCGCCAGCCAUUCCCAGGAUCCCCAGAGUCUCUCCGGAGACAGUUAUCCUGAAAGAACACGAGAUGGAUCAGCAGCACACUCCACUUCCACUGCCCAAAGAAUAUGAUGAGGACUCAUUGAUCCCCAGCAGCCCAGCGACUGAGACGUCAGACAAUGUCAGCCCAGUCGCCAGUCCCAUACACACAGGGUUCCUGGUCAGUUUCAUGGUAGAUGCUCGAGGCGGCUCAAUGCGAGGCAGCAGGCAUAACGGUCUGCGUGUUAUCAUACCUCCGCGGACCUGUGCGGCUCCCACCCGCAUCACCUGCCGCCUGGUGAAGCCGCAGAAGCUGACCAGCCCCCCUCCGCUGGUGGAGGGAGAGGGGCUGGCCAGCAGGAUCAUCUCCCUGGGGCCAGCCGGGAUGCAGUUCCUGGGACCGGUGAUAGUGGAGAUCCCCCACUUUGCUGCUCUGGGUCGUGGUGACCGGGAGCUCGUGGUGCUGAGGAGUGAGAAUGGCAAUGUCUGGAAAGAGCAUCGCAAUCGCUACGGAGAUGAGGUGCUAGAAACAAUCCUCAACGGGAUGGAUGAGGAAUUGGAAAGUCAAGAGGAGCUCGGGAAGAAGCGAAUCCGUCGCAUCAUCUCCACCGACUUCCCUCUUUACUUUGCUGUUGUAUCGCGAGUCCAGCAAGAGAGCGACCUGAUUGGACCAGAAGGAGGUUCGCUGACAAGUAAACUGGUGCCGUUGGUCCAGGCCACGUUUCCUGAGACGGCAGUCACCAAACGAGUCCGCCUGGGGCUGCAGGCUCAGCCAGUUCCAGAUGAGCUGGUUGCAAAGCUGCUCGGUAACCAGGCAAAUUUUAGCCCCGUGGUCACUGUGGAGCCUCGGCGGCGCAAGUUCCACCGGCCCAUUGGCCUGUGUAUGCCCCUGCCCCCGUCCUGGAGAGACAGCCCCAGAGACUCUGGGGAGGGCGACACUACCAGUCUGCGUCUGCUUUGCUCUGUCAUAGGCGGCACAGCCCCAGCCCAAUGGGAAGACAUUACUGGCACCACCAAGCUUAUGUAUGCUAAAGACUCUGCCAGUUUCACAACCAAUGUUUCAGCACGAUUCUGGCUCGCAGACUGUCCACGUACAGCUGAGGCCGUCUCCUUUGCCAACCUGCUCUACAGAGAGCUGUCAGCUGUACCCUACAUGGCCAAGUUUGUGGUGUUUGCAAAGAUGAAUGAGCAGCGUGAGGGCCGCCUGCGCUGCUACUGCAUGACUGACGAUAAGAUGGAUAAAACCCUGGAACAGCAUGAGAACUUCACAGAGGUGGCUCGCAGCAGAGACAUAGAGGUGAUGGAGGGAAUGCCACUUCACCUGGAGUGUUCAGGGAAUCUGAUACCCGUGAGGAAGGCCACCCAGCAGCCUCGCUGCUUCAGCUUCCAGGCCUUCAGAGAUAACCGACUUCCUGUCUCUGUUAAGGUGAGAGACAGCAGUAAAGAGCACACUGGAUUUCUGUCUUUCCUGCGCAAGUCCACUAAAUAUGAGGACAGCCAACAUGUGCUCUGCAACCUCAACAUCACCAUGCCUCCAUGUAUCAAGAUUAUUGGGAGUGAAGACCGGAGGCGAACUCUGACCCCGCUGGCUUUAAGAGAAAGAUACAGCGCCCUAAAUGAACCUGCUAUGGCAUCUAUGAAUGCUAUGGAGAGGACGGAGCUAAAGAUGGCUGUGAUUGCAGAACAGUUGGGACUGAGCUGGGCUGAGUUGGCGCGCGAGCUUCAGCUCAGCGUGGAUGACAUCAAUAAGAUCCGUGUGGAGAAUCCCAACUCGCUGCUGGAGCAGAGCUCUGCGCUGCUCAACCUGUGGGCCACCCGCGAGGGCAAGAGGGCCAAGAUGGAGAGCUUGUACGCAGCUCUGAAAAGUAUUGACCGUAUGGACAUAGUCAACAUGUUGGAGGGCCAGCCGCCUCAGCCUGCCAGAAAAGGCUCCCGCGAUUUCAGCAGACGUCGACACGAGAGAGACAACGCCUCCCCUGGUAUGACCAAUGGUUAUGGGCUCGCGCAGGAAGAGCUUCUCUCACCGGCCUCCAUGCAGUACAGCCUGCCCUCCCCGCUGGGCGCUGAGCCUUACUGGCAGGAAGUCUCCAGUCUGGACUGUGCACCCAUUGCCACCACAGAAGAAGACACCCUCAUGGAGAUGUCUGAUGUGCAGGUGUGGCCCUCAGGCAACAGCCCAUCCCUGGUACCUGUGGAGGACUCCUCGCUUGAGUGCAGCAAUGCUGACGAUUCAGAAGGUCUUCUGGGGCUGCCGUAUGGAAGUCUGGGUCGGCCGGCUAGUCAGGCCAGCGCAGCCAGCGGAGGGGGUGGGGUGCUGAGUGGCUCCAUUGAGCUUCCCGAAGACGAUUCAGAGAUGGGCGUUGACUCACUCAGCACUGCCACGCCAGCCUCGCUUGGGGGCACCAUCGCUGGGAUCAAUCUUAACAGGCUGAACAAUUGUCAGAGGUCAUGUGCAAGUUCGGAGGUAUCAGCAGUCAUCAGUACGACUGGUGGAGAUGGAGCUGGAGGAGGAGGAAGAGGAGGAGGAGGGACGGGCUCAGAGGAAGGGCUUUCUCUUGUUGCAGGACAGCAAAGGGUGUAUGCUCGGCUGAGUGAGUCACCUGGUCUGAGCUGUGUUGCAGACCGGAAUGGAGACAGGUCAGGAAAUGGUGGAAACGGAGGUGGUGGAGGCUCUUUCCUUUCCUACCUGCAGGAGCAGACAGGCCCAGGGUGGAUCCCUGUUACUGAUCCUACGCAGGCCUGGGUGGGCAGUCAGGCUAAACCCAGGCAGGCCAUGGACACCAUGAUAUCAUCCGUAUGUAACGCUGUGGAUGGAGACCAGUUACGAGUGUCCCAGGAGGCCCUGCUUCAGCCUGUGAGGGACAUGGGGCACUCAGAGAUCUUACGGGGGCACUUCAGAGGUACCCAGCCAUUUGAGAAGGGUUUGGGCUUCCCGCACAGGGUACCAGAGCUGAGGGCCUGGGACGAUGUGCGGCUGAAGGGCCAGGGCGAUGAAGUUGAAGAUGUUCCUGGGGAGCAUGUAAGCGAGGAACAGUUUACCGAUGAACAUGGAAACAUCGUCACAAAAAAGAUUGUGCGUAAGGUUGUGCGCAGAGGGAAGGGUUCAGGUGAGGAAGGUGUUCAGGAGGUGAGCCUGGAGGGUUCUCUGCAGGAUGCCAACGAGCUGGAGGUUGAUGCUGAGCAGUUCAUGAGCUACGCCAUCCUGGGCCGGGACAGCAGCAAGCCCGAUACUGUGGAUGUGAAGAAAGGUGCUCAGAUAGUGAAAUGUGCCAGUCUACGGAGAGUUAAGCAGUGAGGCAGACUGAGUGCUGCGUCCCUGCAGAGUUCUCCAGAGGAUUCAACCCCUUCACCGAAACCAUCCUACAUGGACACAUGACCAGCAGCAUUUGACAGGAGGAGGAACACAAAAAAAAAAGCAGACAGACAGAAAUGAACGGCAACGCCAUGACAACCAUGCCUACUAUCAGCACGCACCGGAAGAGAAGGAUAUGGAUUCACUUGUAGUUUUUAUUACCUUUUUUUUUUUUUUUUUUUUUGAAAGACACCGUUGGAAAAAAAACAUCUACUACUACGCUAGAAGCAUGAUUUCAUAUAAAACAAAAACACAAACAAACAAAAAACUAGCAACCAAAACGUGCUUCCUGUUAUAUGUAUCAGCAUGAGUGACUGCUGCCGCAUGGCCUGUCUUUAUCUACGAAAACUGAGGGAAUAUAAGGGUGGGGAGGGAUGGGGAGGACACACUGCUGUAUGGGACAGGCAUGCAAUGUAAGGUACUGGCCUGUUUUCCAAACAAACAGGGAAAAGUUUAUCAGUCAAACUUAAGAAAAAGGGGAGAAUAAAAUACUGAGGAUUACAUAAUCUCUAGGCAACAGGUUACUCCUUUCCUCCCUGCCACACUCUUCCAGCUAAGAGCAUCACAAACUAGUUUUAAACCUGUCCCAGUGUUCUCAAAGUCCAGUAAAGCUACAAUUAUCCCCAAGGAUAUCAGUGUUGUACAUAAUAUCGUAUGCACUAAAAUGCUCCACGUGACUGUGUGUUACGUGUGUUGUUUAUGUUAUAAGAUCCCUAUGCCAUGCCACUGAUGCUGCUGUUUCAGGUACAUAAGAAAUUCCCCCUUGUUUUUCUUGUUUGGUUGGUUCGAUCUGAACCUAUAUAUUAUUCUAUAUAUCUUGAGAUCUUUGUGGGUAGAACAUGCAAUUGUUGUGUCGCUCUGCCUGUUUUUAAAUGUCAGAUUUUUGUGCGUCAGGUUGUUUGUUUCUUUGUGCUUUUCAUGUGCUUUCCGCCUUUUGCUUUUGCCACGUCAAACUGUAGAGGGAAGACAUAGUGUAAGUAAUUUACUGUACUGUGGGUUUUUGAGCUUUGGGAGGGAGGUUUCUGCAGUGAACCUGCCUCCCUGACCUUCCCUCAGAGUGGUUUGCCUUGUGGUGGGGGUGACAAAGAGAUACAUGAGUGACACAUUAUCAAGAGAGAUUAACCUACUCUACCAUCCCACUCCUCUGCAUUUUCUUGUCCCCAGUGUGCCGUAUGUCCUUGUGAGGUUUCUGUUAAUCAGAUGUCUGUCUGAGCCAAAAACCCAAUGCCCUCACCUUCAAUCUUGCCGUUAUCGCCCUACCUCCUGCGUCUCACCCUCUCCUCACUCCUCCAGUCAGCCUCUGAGUAGAUGUAGCAGUCCUGUCCACCUCCAGCAGGGGGCAGGAUCCCACCGUCAGCUCGUAGCAGUGUCUGUUUGACCUCAUAGUGCAGUAUAUGACACCACCCCACAUAAGGUGCAGUUAUAGACCGUCUCACCACCACCAGAAGAUGUCACUUGAUGAGAGUGCAGUAACUGAAAUGCUGGUAAUAAUGUAGCACUGGUAUGACUGGGUAAAAGAUGAAGAGUCAGCUGGAGAAAGGAAAGUGUCAUGCCGAGGGUCGAGGACGUGUUGAGCUUUGAUGUUUGUCUCCUUGGAAAUUGUUUGAAGUGUAGCAAAGACAGUCAGUCACCAAUCACUGUGAUGAGAAACUGUAAUACUGACCCGCAACUGUGAGCCUGACCCUUCCUGAAGCCUGUAUCUUGUUUCACUCCUUUCUUUAGCGUUUCGUCUUUAUUUGUCAUGAUUUACUGUCUGAACUGUAUUUCAGAAGAAGCAAUAAUUGCUUACAAAAGGAAAGGAUUGUUUGUGUGAAUGUGUUUGUGAGGGAGAGGGAGAGAGAGAGAGGGAUUUUAGAAUCAUAGUUCAUAUUCUUCCUCAGCUCGGGCUUUCAAUCUGUUAAGCACAGCUUUAGGCUACUCCUCACUCCACUCAGAAAUGAUGUCAGUACAUUAGUAUCCCACUUUUCAUCACUUUGCUUUGUCUGGAAAAAAAUUGAUAUUAUGUUUUACACCAAGAUUGGGCAAAUAGUGGUAUGCCCUCAUACCAGCCACCCCCCAUCUGCAAAGUGCCCAGUGUCUAUUUUUGUUACUCGUCAGGGAAUGUAGGUGUGUUUAGACUAGCUUUUAAAUAUUAAUGGGAUUCAUAUGCAUCUUGAAAGAAAUCCUAGUGUGUGUGUGAGUGAGAUUUAAAUAUCACAAAUUGUCAGUCCUGGAUAUUGGGACAUGUCAACGUUGUGAUAAUAUCACAGGAAGUAAUAUGUCAAAUGGACAAAGAGCAGAGGCUCUCAGAUUAUAACUCUAAUUCAAAGUUGAUUUAACUCAGUAAGUGUGUCAUCUCACAUGAUAUCAAUUAUCUACAUGCAUUCAUUUCAAACAUUAUGUUAGACGUUGAAUACUUUAUUAUGGAAAAAUAUGUCAGUCACAAGAACGCAAUAAUCACCCAUCAAUAUGCGUUUGUUUUAGUUUGGCUUCACAGCCAGAGAUGAUGAAUGUAAAGUCUUGGUAUACUGUAAGUCUUGUUCUCAAGUAGUCAUCUGUGUUGGCUCUGUACUUUAGUAGAUGAUGGGGCGUUCACUCUGUUGUAUCAACUAAAUACCAUCACUCAUUACAAGCAUAAAUAGAAAUCAUGUAAGAGGAGACAUUUAAAGAGAGAAGCCUCAAAUGGGUUUUCAACAUUUUAACAAAUAUCCCUUCAUCAGACAUUAUUUCUACUUAAUUAUAUUUUUAAUAACCACACAAAGUUGGAUGUCAAAAAAGAUUACACAGUAGUGUAAUUGUGUACUACUUCUGUCAUAGCAUACGGUUCGCUCUCUAAGGGCUCAUAAUUAUGGUAUGCUUGGUUUGCUUUCUGAAGCAGGGGCCGUUUAUGAAUCCACUGCUGAUGUCAGGGUUGGAGCGAGGCUGGAGUCUGAUGAGAGGACAAUAAGAAGGAGCACUUUGAAGUUGGAAGGAAUUAUUGUAGGGAGGCUUAGUGACUCCGACGGCUAGUCUUUCAAGAUGACAAGCAUUUUUCCUCAACACAACCCUAAUCUAUUUCUGCCCUCUUUACCAAAUAUUGGACUGAGCCAAUUCUAAGGCUUCCACAUGAUGACAGUUUGAACGUGGUUUGAAAGGAGGAGUCCAACUAAGUGCAAGCAGAGGGAGGAGUCACAAUAAUGAACAAUGUACAGCCCUGCACUGAGGGACCACUGAGAUGAUGCCAUGCACCAAGUUCAUGCAAAAAUAUUAACUGUUGCAAAAA